CACCGAGCUGGGAAGCGCCCCCUCCUCCCCGGCCUUCACCUGGGAUAGAGUAACGAAGUAAGAAAACAUGCCAACAAAGGAAAGAAGGCUAUGAGAAAAGAGACAUAGAUACUACCUCAAAAAUAAACAAAUGAGUGGGGACAGAGAUGGAGGAGCAGGGAUCUGUGCAACCCGAGAGAUUGGAAUUUAGAGGGGGAAAUUCUCGUGCGGUCCAAGCUGAGAUGACUAGAGAGCUUCUGAUUGGGGCGGAUUUGCAUCAGAUUAAGCAGGAGCCCAAGGUCAGCCAGCCUCAGGCCUCCUUCAAGGGAGCCACCGAUGCCGGCCAGUGGCCUGGAAAAGAGGCUGCGGCCUGGAUCCCCCCCAAACUCACUGAGGAUGACGAAGAGCCGAUUUCCUCUGUAAAAGUCAAGGAAGAGGUUCUGGGGGAGGAAGACGCCGCUAGCUGGGAAACAGACUGGCAACAUUUCCGGCAGUUCUGCUACGAAGACGCCGAGGGCCCCCGGGAGGUCUUCGUCCACCUCCAGGAGCUUUGCUACCAAUGGCUGAAGCCGGAGAGGCGCACCAAGGAGCAGAUGCUGGAGCUGGUGGUCCUGGAGCAGUUCCUGUCCAUCCUGCCCGAGGAGAUGCGGAGCUGGGUCAAGGAAUGUGGGCUGGAGACCUGCGUCCAGGCGGUGGCCCUGGCGGAGGAUUUCUCGCUGCGGCUGCAGGAGGCCGAGGGGCUGCAAGAAAAGGACUUGCAUCGAAUUAAGCAGGAGCCCGAGAUCAGCCAGCCUCAGGCCUCCUUCAAGGGAGCCGCCGAUGUCGGCCAGUGGCCUGGAAAAGGGGCUGCGGCUUGGAUCCCCCCCAAACUCAGUGAGGACGGUGAAGAGCCGAUUUCCUCUGUAAAAGUCAAGGAAGAGGUUCUGGGGGAGGAAGACGCCGCCGGCUUGGAAACGGACCGGCAGCAUUUCCGGCAGUUCUGCUACGAAGAGGCCGAGGGCCCCCGGGAGGUCUUCGUCCACCUCCAGGAGCUUUGCCACCAGUGGCUGAAGCCGGAGAGGCACACCAAGGAGCAGAUGCUGGAGCUGGUGGUCCUGGAGCAGUUCCUGGCCAUCCUGCCCGAGGAGAUGCGGAGCUGGGUCAAGGAAUGCGGGCCGGAGACCUGCGACCAGGCGGUGGCCCUGGCGGAGGAUUUCUCAAUGCGGCUGCAGGAGGCCGAGGGGCUGCAAGAAAAGGUUUCAUGGCCUAUGGAAGAUGCGGCUGUUAACUCCCCGAAGUCAGAAAAGGAUCCGUCGGAGAUGGUGAAUGUCCCGCUCCCACCGGAUGCUGAGGAAGAGAGCAAUGGGGAGGCCAGCUUUCUCGGCGACGAUCAAGCAUAUGAGAAUGGAGAGGAGACCUUCCCGUUUGAAAGGCAUCCGCAAGUGGGCAUCAGUGGAUCGUCCUUGGCGAGACUCAAUGGGGCAUUUCUCCAGGAUUGUGGGUUGGGCGAGAGGCCUCGAAGCGAGCAGAGCCAGGAAAGCCAUGGAGAGAGCCAAGCCGAGAUCCAGGUUUUUCUUCACAGUGAAAGCUUAGAAGGAAGCAGCUUCUCUGAGGAAAGCCAUGAGGCGAAGAGGAAAAGGGCAGUCCGUAGUUGGGGUACGGUCCUGAGUCAGAGCUUGGGCUUCCCCCGGAACCAGGAGAGGCAAAAACUCUAUACCUGCACCUACUGUGGGAAGAUCUGCAACUACAAAGCACACAUGAUCAUCCACGAGAGGACCCACACCGGCGAGAAGCCGUACAAGUGUUCGGAGUGCGGCAAGUGCUUCAGCACGAACGGCAACCUGAUGACGCACACCGUCCACACGGGCGAGAAGCCGUGCAAGUGCUCAGAGUGCGGCAAGUGCUUCAGCACGAACUCCAACCUGAUGACGCACAUGCGCGUCCACACGGGCGAGAAGCCGUACAAAUGCUCCCACUGCGGCGGGAGCUUCAGAAGCAAAACCUUGCUCAUUGUGCAUGAGAGGACCCACACGGGAGAGAAGCCCUACGAGUGCAUCAUGUGCGGGAAGAGGUUCAUCUACAGAUGCAACCUCAUCAACCACAAGCGGGUGCACAUGGGCGAGAAGCUGUUUAAAUGUUCUGAGUGUGGGCAGACCUUCAUGCACAGUGCUCAGCUUGUCAUCCACCUCCGGACGCACACGGGGGAGAAGAAGCCCUACGAAUGCCUGGAGUGUGGCAAAGGCUUCAACCAGAAAGCAGACCUUGUCAAUCACGAGAGAACCCACACCGGGGACAAGCCGUAUAAAUGCGCCGAGUGCGGGAAAAGCUUCACUUCGAGCUCUUACCAUCGGAAGCACGAGAUGUGGCAUACAGGGAAGAAGUCACAACCGCACAAGUGCUGCUACUGCAGCAAGAGCUUUGUCAGCCGGGCUAAGCUUUACACGCACGAAAGAACGCACAUGAAGAAACUAUUUGAAUGCGCCAAGUGCGGGAAAAGCUAUAACACAAGCGCUAAACUUGUCAAUCACAAACGGGUGCACACGGGGGAGAAGCCAUAUCAGUGCUCCGAUUGCGGGCAGAAGUUCAGCACGAACAUUAGUUUCGUCAGUCAUAGGCGGGUGCAUGUGGUGGAGAAGCCGUACGAAUGCUCGGAUUGCGGGCAGAGCUUCGCUCACAGAGCAUCCCUUCGCAGACACGAGAGAUUCCACUCUAGAGAGGCAAACCCGUGAGCGCUUGGAUCGUGGGCAAAAUCGUAUCCAGGGAACGUGGGAAUCUGCCUGAUACCGAGUCAGACUAUUGGUCCGGUAUUGUCUGACUGGCAGAGGCUGUGCAGAGAUUUAGGCAGGAUUUCCCCCCAGCUCUACCUGGAGAUACAAUAGAUUGAACGUAGGAUCUUCUGCAUCCUGUACUUGUAAGCGCUAAGCAACAUUAAGUGGUGCUAACCAGCAUACAAACUGCAGUUCUGAAUGAUAAACAGAAAAGGGGUAAAUGAUUUAAGGAAACGUUUUAUAUAAUGUCAUAAUAGUGCCGCAAUAUAUUUACAAUAUAACAGAAGAUUAUUAACAGUAUCAGGCACAUGAUUUAGUGCUCCGAUCACACAAAAGAAGUUUAUAAUUGUGAGGCGCUUAAUGAACACUGAAACAG